AUGGAGGCCCAGCGUCCCGUCGCCAAGGGACAGCCUGCCGACGCCGCGACCAUGGAGGGUCAGGCUCCCGAUGCCACGGUCAUGGAGGACCAGCCUCCCGAUGCCAUGGCCGGCCCUUCGCUUCCCCUGGCCGUGGCCGCCGAAGGCCAGGCAGGGCUAGCCACGCGCGCCCGAGACAACCUGGCCCCGACGGACGCCCGAGGCCUGCCCGCGCCGAUCCCUCAAGGGCUGGCAGCGGCCGUUGACGACGUGGCCGUGCCUGAGGGCUCCAUGGAUGGCGAAGCUCCACCGGCGGCCACUGCUAUGUCCAGAAAUUUUAGCAAAAAAUCCAGGCCGUGGCGGCUUCCAGCCCAGGCAGCAAGGACGGCGGCGGCCAGCCUGCCUGCUGCAAGGGCGGCGGCGGGCAGGAAGCCUGCCCAGGCAGCAGUCUCGGCCAUCAAGUACGGACGUACGGCCGCCCCCGGCGCCUCCUGCUCGGAGCCCGCGCGUCCGCUCUCUGGUGGCAACGCGAGGGUCUCGCCGGAGGUCUCCGCGGAGCAGGAUGAUGAAGGGGAGGAGGGCGACGUGGGGACGUGGUCGGCGCUGGUGCCCGAGCUGCUCGACGACAUCCUUCGGCGCGUAGACGCCGGCGCCGAGAGGUGGCCACAGCGGCGCGACGUGGUGGUGUUCGCCUCCGUGUGCCGCCGGUGGCGCGAGGCGGCCGUCGCCCUGGUGCGGCCGCCGCUCCGGUGCGGGGGAAUCACCUUCCUCUCCUCGCUCAAGCAGCCUGGACCUAAGGAAGCGCCGAUACAGUGUUUCAUCAAGAGGAACAAGAAAAACUCGACUUUUCACCUUUAUCUCAGCUUAACACAAGCAUUAACAGGUCAAGGGAAGUUUCUGUUGGCAGCUCAUAAGAACAGGUGUGCGUACCGUAUGGAAUAUAUUAUCUUUAUUCUCAAGGAUCUCUCUCAUGGAAGCCAUCUACAAUAUGAAGGUGCUAACGUGCCAAUCAGCAGAUACAGACCCUGGCUUGCAAGGAAGCAGAUAAACCCGCUCGUUUCCACUGGCAAUGUUGAAACCGGAGAAGUGACCUAUGAAUACAAUCUUCUCAAAUCAAGAGGACCGAGAAGAAUACACUGCAGUAUCCAGUGCCCUGUAAAUGAGGACACUGCAAUAGAUCCGCACGAGGCAAAGCAACUCUGCACCCCUAGUUCCUUGGUUCUGUACAAUAAAGCACCACGUUGGCAUGAGGAUCUGCAGUGCUGGUGUUUGGAUUUUCAUGGUCGGGUUAUGGUUGCCUCUGUGAAGAACUUCCAGCUUAUUGCUCCAGCGGGCACCGGGCAGCCAUGGGGCAUUCAGGAUGAUGAAACUGUGAUACUUCAGUGUGGAAAGAUCGAGGAUGAUGUUUUCACGAUGGACUAUCGGCAGCCUCUGUCCGCAUUCCAAGCAUUUGCAAUCUGCCUCACCAGUUUUGGCUCCAAAGUUGGCACGUGA